UUGGUUUAGUUGCCACGAACAGGUCGUCAACUUGUUCAUGCUGUUGCCAUUCCUUCUCCUGUUUUUCUGUCAUUCUGGACUCUGCUUUCUCCAGAGUUUCAUUCCUCCCAUGUGUGCACCACAAACCCCAGACAACAGCAGCCGCAGAGCAUCCGUGGGACAGCCAGCGCUCUGAAUGCAAAAAGAUGCCCCAUACUUUCAGCUCCUUCCCUACGGAGACUCUCAUCUCAAGGCCCUUGUCCGCGGACAGGGUCUCGACCAGCGCUCGUUCUAUGGAGCCCUACAGCGGGGACGGCUUCCUCUCCAUCGUGGGUAACAUCAGUAAUGUCAGCCUGGGAGUCGCCCCCCGCUGCACGUACAAGGAGGACUUUAAGCGGGUUUUGCUCCCCGCCGUGUACAGCAUCGUCUUCGUUGUGGCCAUCCCUCUCAAUGCCACCGUCAUCCUGAAGAUAUGGAGGACCAGGCCCAAUCUGUCCAGGAACAACAUCUACAUGCUCAACCUGGCCCUGGCUGACUUUCUGUAUGUGAUGUCGCUGCCUUUACUCAUCUACAACUACGCCAGUCACGACUACUGGCCUUUUGGAGAGUUUGCUUGUAAACUAGUCAGAUUUCAGUUCUACAGUAACCUUCACGGCAGCAUCCUGUUCCUCACCUGCAUCAGUGUGCAGCGCUAUGUGGGCAUCUGCCAUCCUCUGGCGUUUCUGUCCAUACAAGGUGGCCGGAAGAUUGCGUGGUGGAUCUGUGGUGGGGUGUGGCUCGUGGUGGCCGUCCUUUGUGCGCCGACUUUUCACUUUGCUGCCACGGGAAUCCAGCGCAACCGCACCGUGUGCUACGACCUGAGCACCCCCAAGCGCUCGGUGGACUACUACCCCUACGGCAUGGCUCUGACGUUCCUCGGCUUCUUGCUGCCUUUCGUGGGGGUGAUGGUGUGCUACUGCCGAAUGGCCCAAAUCCUCUGCCGGCCAGUGUCCUGCCAGGGGGUCUCCGUAGCGACGGGGGAGAAACGGGACAAGGCUGUGAGGAUGAUUAUUGUGGUGGCGACAGUGUUCUGCAUAAGCUUCCUGCCCUUCCACCUCACUAAGACCAUGUACCUGGCGGUGCGCACUUUGCCCGGCGCCCCUUGCGAGAUGAGAAACCUGUUCUCUAUCAUCUAUAAGAGCACCAGGCCCUUUGCCAGCAUGAACAGCUUCAUGGACCCCAUCCUGUUUUACUUCACGCAGCCACGCUACCGUCGCAGCACCAGAAAGUUCAUGCUCAGAGUCACCACCCUUAGGGACAAGGGCACCGGCGUGUGAGCAGAAAGUAGCCCAAACGGCGUGCCAGCCAUGAAGCUGGGGUCGGACAGGCUUUUAACUUCUCCGCACUGUACAUGCUCAAAAGGUUCCAACACAAAGGCUGGGAUUUUCAGAUGUGGAGGUCAUCUGUGAGAGACAUUUACACAGACAUAGCCAACAGGCUGGGUGUGAUUUACUUAGAAAAGCCAGCUGUGUGAGAUUUCUUUUCUGUGGCUGAGGUACAGUAUGCAUGCAACUAUAUUCGCACUGUCAGAUCUGGGUAUUAACACACUGUCCUGUACCUGUGAAUCCCUUAGUGUCAGACCCCACUGUGGGCUGGGUUGCUGUUUUUCUGUUACUCACUUUAUGAAUGAGUUCCUUUGAGCCUAAAUAAGCUCUUUUCCCACUUUGCUUUUUUCUUCUAUUUGAAGAUUUACAGUAAAAGGUGAAAGAAAGACUUAGAUGAAAGAAUAAUGCUGUGUUUAAGAUCAAAUCCACUAAAGCACUUAUUUGUGUAGAAUUCUCAAAGUGUUUUUUGGGUUUGUUUAUGACUGAUUACAUUAAAAAUGUUUGUGAAUAUACUUAAAAAGACUACGAAGAGAAUGGCACUUGCAGAAGUUGUGAGAAGACUGGGAAAAAAGAUGUAAACUGCAUCUUUAUAUGAAUGGAGUUUGGCAUUUUUAAUUGAAGUUCUUUUUUAUGUAUUUGAAAAUUAUUCAGACAUGUAUGUUCUCACCACUGGAUGGUGUAAGUACGUCACUGUGUGGAAACACUGCCCUGCCUUCUGUGUAACUGCUGAAGUUAAGCUGGUGUAGAUCAGGUCUUAACCUACGAAUCGUUCCCAUGGGGAAAUGGACAUUAACUGCUUGGUACCGUCUGACCAAGUCAGCCCGACGCACGAAAGUCUAAACUGUCUACUUCUUUUGAUAUUUUCUGACGGAGUAAUACUAAAUGACUUAUUUUAUGAUUUAGUGGAUCUUCACAGGUGGAGGAGAAAUGCAUCUUGCAUUGUGACGGGUCAUAUACUUGUGUAGUGCUACGUUGUCAGCUGUAAAUGUAUUGCUUUUACAUUCUCCAUACACUGUGAUAUAUUUUCUGUCUUUUCCAAACUUGGUGCAGUUGUCGUCAAGGUUAAGUGUUGCCUUUGUUGGUCCCUUUAUUUCUGUCAAGUCUUCCUCUGGAGUUUCUUUAAUGUGAUUGCUUUUUUUUCGCCUUUUCUUUUAGCACACAAACUGUGAAUCUGUGUCUCACAGCAAACUCUUGACAGAACACGCCGCGCUUGCCUUCAGAAUGAAGAAAAACUUGCACUUAAGUUUGAGCCAGUUUUGUUUUCUGUUACAAUUUAGUAUGUGCCAACAGGACAUGGUGUGAACCUGAGACAAAAUAACAUUAAACUGAGCUAAAAAUAAAACGUAACACUGUCACUGUACCAGCAGGCUUUUGGUAACAUUGGAAAUGCGCUUUAAAACACACUCAUUUGAGAUGCAUUCGUGUGUAUUUUUAUGUGAACGUGCAGGUUUUUUGCAUUCAAAAUGCUCGGAGGGUUUUGACCUGCAACAUGAGGUCGGGCCCCUUGAAAAUGUUAUGUGCCUGUCACUGGGUUUGUAUCUCAUCUAAAGUGUGCUGUGGCUACACAGUUUAGUUGUUAACAUGUGUGGGGAUGUAUCAACAUUUUCAGUGUCGGUCAGUAUUAUUUGAAGUGUAAUAUUUCUGAAACACUGUAACAGGUCAGUAUAGUGAAUAUUGUUUGAUUUUUGUUACUUGUUGAUGAAGAGAUUGUUCCUUUUCUUCCUUUUUUGUCCUGUAAGUUCUUCUGUUUUUGUGUCAGUAUGUUUUGGAUGCGAGUCAUCAUGUCAAACUUAAUCAAAACAACUAUAAAUAAAAAGCCAUACAAGCCAC